UCUCUCUUCUCUAAUCUCUAUCUUUCAAAUCUAGGGUUUGACUAAUCCCUUUAAAUGGAGAAUGGAGACGAUUGGUUAGCAUUUGACAAGCUUCAACAUAUCCUCUUCGGCUUCUUCAUCGCCGUCUUCGUAUCCCUUUUAGUCAGACGAACUCGUUAUCCGCUUCUCCGACGUCGUAGCAUCUGGAUCGGUUGCAUCUCAUCCUUCUUCGCCGGCGCCGCGAAAGAGAUAGCCGACGAAUUCGGUUUCUUCAAUUCAGCCGGUGCUUCAAUCAAAGACGCUGUUGCGGAUCUCGUCGGUAUUCUUCUCGCCGCCGUUAUACUUUCUUGCUUUAAACCGAUUUCUUCGAAAAUGAAAUCUGAUGUAUCAGGAAAAGUUGAGAUUGUCUGAAAUUUUGAUUUAGUAUUAGGCAGUGAAAUUACAGUCUUUUACGAUUGGUUGUAUUUUUAGGUCAUUUGAGCCCCAAAUGUGUAAUAAGC